UCUGGAUCCCUCAAAUUAGCGUUGUUUCAACCAUCUUGUAGAAGACAAAUAUGAUGCCGAACAGAAGUAACCUCUCCUCCUUUCAGAAUGUUGGGUCAGAUUCCACUAACGUUAUGGCAGAGUAUAGCCACACACAAAACCAGAUGGAAUUACAAAAUACUAGUUUGGGAAAGGGUUCUGUGGCGAAUUCCCUUGAAAAUGGUCUCCAGGAUAUUAUGGAAAACCUCAACCCGAAGAAAUACUCAUCAAGUCUCAAAUUUAAAACAAAUGGGGACUAUGCUGGCUCAUAUUUAACCCUUUCACAACCUAUGCCAGUUAAACCUAAUCCUUCCUCCAGUGUUAAAAAUACACACUCUAUUACCAAAAUUCAAGGAGGUAAGCAGUUCCCCUGUGAAAGCCCAUAUCUUCCAGAUAAAAGCAUCUCUGUAAAGCAUUUGGGUUCCAUAUCGGGCAUGUCCCCAUCCCUCAGUGGGUACAAUUUAGGAAGGACAGACUUUGAUAUUCAUGCUAGCAGAGAAAAUGAAAAGUCCCUUGGACACGUGGAUAAGUUUCACUUCUCAAAGUACAGUCAGAAAAACAAAUCGUACGACAACGUCUACUUCCCAGGAAUGCUGGAGACAAAGAAGAUCUCGGGUUCUCUUCUGACCAUGUGGAAUGGAAGCUCAGGGAAUGAGCUGAUGCUUUCACCUACUAGCAAUUCAGGGGCAGCCAGCAUGCCUUCUAGCCCAAAGCAAGGCAGGAGGAUGAAUAUUGAAGACAGCCUGCCCCUUCACAUAAAACCAGUUAAGCACAGGGAUGUGAUGAUGGAGACUCUGGGUUCACGGUCUAGGAAAUACUCUGGUGGAUCUCUGAGUCAUAUGGGAAUGUACAGUCGUUCCCUACCCAGACUUUAUAAAUCGACAGAAAGCCAGCUGGUGCCAUUAAGUUUGCCCCCCAGAAGCUCUCUGGGUAAUACUAAAAGGAAAAAACUUGGAGAAAAAGAUCUACCUCAGAAUGCAUUAGAUGCUGAUAAUUACCUGAAUUUUUCUUCUUGCAGCUCAGGGGUUUCACCACAUGCAAAUUCUGUCUCUGGGAAUAAUCCCUAUGUCAGUUCAACUCUUAGUGUUCCUGCAAGUCCUCGAAUUGCUAAAAAAAUGCUUUUAGCACCUUCUUCCCCAUAUCUUUCUGAUGAUUUUGAAAGACUUGGACUCUCAGGAACAAGUCCUAGUAGUUCUUUCUCCCCAGUGGAUUUUGACAGGUCAUUCUCAGUCCGAAGAAACCUUUCUACCAGUUCUGUGGAACUUGAUGACCCAGAUCUGGAAAGUUACAGACAGACACCAAACUCACUGCAAACAUCCAUGCGAGAGCGGAAGAACAGCAUUAGCUCCAUUUCGGGAAGAGAAGACCUCAUGGACUAUCACAGGAGGCAGAGACUUCGGGAGCAGGAGAUGGAACGGCUGGAACGACAGCGCCUGGAGACAAUCCUCAAUCUGUGUGCAGAAUACUCCAAAUCUGACAGCGACCCUGCUGCAGCUACAACAGUUGCUGAUGUUCAAAAAAUCAACAAAGAACUCGAAAAACUUCAGCUCUCCGACGAGGAUUCGGUGUUUGAAGACUCCCAGAUGAAUUUGGAAAUGAGGUUCAGAAGCCACUUGAAAUCAUCUGCAAGCGAUUCGGAUUUCUCAGAUCUGAGCAGCCACAGUCGUGGCACUGCUGCUUUCCUCUCCUCUAGAGGGCUGAGAGCUGAUGAGCACUUCAACGAAAGCACGAAGCCUCCACCUUUCGCUGCUCCCGGCUUCCUGAAGGAUGCCACGGAAUCGUCCUACCUAAGCAUCACACCAAAGAUACCAGAAUGCACAAGUGAUGAGCAAAGAGGGCAGGAGCUUGGUCGACUGGAGGAGGAGCGCAUAGUAAUACUAAAUAACUUGGAAGAACUUGAGCAGAAGAUCAAAGAUUUAAAUGACCAGAUGGAUGAAUCCUCGCGAGAGUUGGAUAUGGAAUGUGCCCUUUUGGAUGGGGAACAGAAAUCUGAAACGACAGAGCUGCUGAAAGAGAAGGAAAUAUUGGAUCAUCUGAACAGAAAAAUAGCUGAGCUGGAGAGAAAUGUUAUUGGUGAAAAGACAAAGGAAAAAUUAAAACUUGAUGCUGAGAGGGAAAAACUAGAGAGGCUUCAGGAGCUUUACUCCGAGCAGAAGACGCAGCUUGAUAAUUGCCCUGAGUCCAUGAGGGAACAAUUACAGCAGCAGCUGAAGAGGGAUGCUGAUCUUUUGGACAUAGAAAGCAAACACUUUGAAGAUUUGGAAUUUCAGCAGCUUGAACAUGAAAGCAGGUUAGAUGAAGAAAAAGAAAAUCUGACACAACAGCUCCUGCGUGAAGUAGCUGAAUAUCAGCGCAGCAUUGUCAGUAGAAAGGAAAAGAUUUCUGCUCUCAAAAAACAAGCCAAUCAUAUUGUCCAACAAGCACAAAGAGAACAAGAUCAUUUUGUAAAAGAGAAAAACAACUUAAUAAUGAUGCUGCAAAGGGAAAAAGAAAAUCUCUGUAAUCUGGAAAAGAAAUAUUCCACGCUUUCUGGAGGAAAGGGAUUUCCUGUCAGUCCCAAUAGUCUAAAAGAGGGCUAUAUCAGUGUAAGUGAAAUUAGUGAGCUGUAUGGCAAUUCCACGAAUAUAUCCCCUUCCACUCAGCCCCCCACAGAUGCUGAAGCAAUUACCACUGAGUCUUCCACGGCUGUGCUGACGAGCCAGCCACAAAAUAAAGAGCAUUUCAGAAAUCUGGAAGAGCGAAAGAAGCAGCACCGGGAAUGCAUGUACAUGAGUGAUACUUUACCUCGCAAGAAAACGACUCCGUCUGUAUCACCACACUUCAACAGCGCUACGCUCGGACGAAGCAUUGCAUCUAAAGGACAUUUACCGUUAGGACAGAGCAACAGCUGUGGCAGUGUACUUCCUCACUGCCUGGCAACCAUGACCAAAGAGUCAGAGUCGAGAAGGAUGCACAAAGGGUAUAAUCAUCAGCGUAUUUGUGAAAACCAAAGGCAGAAGUCUCCUGAAUUCUACAGCAGAACAGCAUCCGAAUCAAAUGUGUAUUUGAAUAGUUUCCAUUACCCAGAUCGUAGUUACAAGGACCACGCCUUUGAUACAUUAAGCUUAGACAGUUCUGACAGUAUGGAGACAAGCAUAUCGGCAUGCUCACCAGAUAACAUUUCCAGUGCUAGCACUUCAAAUGUUGCAAGAAUAGAAGAGAUGGAGAGACUUCUGAAACAAGCGCAUGCUGAAAAGACUAGGCUGCUUGAGACCAGGGAACGGGAGAUGGAAGCUAAAAAACGAGCUCUGGAAGAAGAGAAGCGCCGCAGAGAGCAACUGGAGAAAAGAUUGGAAGAAGAAACUAGCCAGAGGCAAAAAUUAAUUGAAAAGGAAGUCAAAAUACGUGAGAAACAAAGAGCACAG